UCAAAGGAACCGUUCAACAGAUCUGGGGUUUAGUAUGUGAGAAGGGGCAAAGUCGGCUUUUCUAGUAUCUGUCAUUUCUUAUCCAAACACUGUCAAAGUUGCUGUUGACACCACAAAAACCCAAUGUUAGCAUAAGGCUCACCUUAAAACAACCUGAACCUGCUCAAGCCUACGAUACCAUAAGAAUGUUUUUGCUACUGUUUACAGCCUUUUCCCACUGGAAACUUGCGUUUGUCUCCCUUGCACCAAAGUCCAUGUUUUUAUCUCACGGGUACACUUUGGUUCAUUUGAGUCUCUGAUAUGAAUCUGAAACAAAAUAAGACGCUUGAAGUGACUGGUGGAGGCUGCAGUGGAUCAACAGCUCCUGUGUGCUGUGAUGUAAAAAAUCUCAGAUUUUCUCGAUGGAGCUUGGUGUGAGAGACACAAACUUCAGAUUCCGCUCCGUUUUAACCCCGAGAUUAAGCAGCAAAACAUAUUCUCGAGAUGUCAUAGACUUAAACACAUUCAGAUUUUACUACAUUAGUCUUUUGUUUAAGUAUUGUCAAGUAAUCCUUUAAUCUGACUAAUGUCACACACUCCAAGUAACAAGUAAUCUGAUCUCUGUCUCUUUAUGUCGAAUCUUAGUCAGAUUAUGACACCAGUGAGUCAUAUAAUCCGACUCUGUAACAUGGAAUAUUCUGUUAGCAACUCAUGUAAAUGUGAAUAAUCUCAUUCAGAUUAAAUUUAGAAGUUGGAUUAUUGUUUAGGAUUAGGAUUAUGUUUAGGAGACAAGAGUUCAGCCACAGGAGAAGUGAAUUUAAUGUGAGUUAACGUUGUAUUUGUUAAUACUUAGGUCUAUAUACUGUUAGACACAUGGCUCUCAAGCUGUGGCGCGUGUACCACCAGUGGUACGCAGGUCUUUUCUACUGUAUGACUUGUUACUUCAGUAAUAUUAUAAAAAAAAACAAAGUCCUGUUCUGGUAACGUACACUUUUACUCUGAGGUCACGUACGUGAGCUCGGGGCCAAAGAAAACCGGUAUCUCUGUGGCGCCGUUGAGCGAAACACGGUCGUUAUCUCCUCUGGAAGUCUCUUCUGACACUUAAUAACUGCGAUGGUGAUUUUAUGAGCUGAUGUUGACGGAGGUCCAACAAUAGCAGGAAGGUUCGGGUCGGGUCGGGUGCGGUUGGUGUUGGACGUGCAUGUGUGUCCUCUGAGGACCGUGUCAGUGAUGGCUCAUAUAUGUGAACCUCAUCAGUCCUCAAACCCUGAGUUCAGUCCAGGGAAAGUCAGAAGAAUGUCAGGAGCAGAGAGUAAUAAGACGCUGGAGGUUCUGAGCGUGAGUGAGGAUGAGGAGCAGGUGAUGCAGAGCAGAGGUUUGGUUUUUCAGCGUUACGUGCAGCCGUGUGUGGCCGAGCUGCUCGGGACCUGCCUGUUUGUCUUCGUGGGCUGUGCUUCGGUCGUCGGGGACACGGGGACAGCGGGCGUCCUGCAGCCGGCUGUGGCUCAUGGACUCGCUCUGGGGACGCUCAUCACUGUGUUUGGACAAAUCAGUGGUGGACAUCUGAACCCUGUGGUGUCUCUGAGUGUUUACCUGUGUGGAGGAAUGAAGCUCGUGCUGCUGCUUCCUUACGUCACCGCUCAGGUGUUGGGAGCAAUGAUCGGAGCUGGUUUGGUUAAGGUCGCGUUCCCCGCCGUGUCGUACGCCGCGGUCCACGGGGCGGCUUUUGAGCCCAGCGUCGGUGACGUUGGCAGAGCCACGUUAGCGGAAGUGAUGAUGAGCACCUUCCUCACCACAGUGGUGUGUAUGACGGCCGUCAACCAACGGACCACGACACCGUGGGCUCCUUUCUGCAUCGGCCUCACGGUCACGGCCAACAUCCUGGCAGGAGGAGUUCUCUCCGGAGCGUGUAUGAACCCUGCUCGGGCCUUUGGCCCCGCAGUCGCUGCCGGUCACUGGAACCAUCACUGGAUUUACUGGGUCGGACCCACAUGUGGUGCCCUGCUCACAGUCUGCUUUGUCAGGUUCUUGUUUGGUGACCAGAAUACUCGAGUUGUCCUCAAGUGAGAGUGACUCGCUUUUGAACACUUUUCUCCAACAUUGUACUCUAAUCGUUUGAAUUCAUGUUUGUAUUUCAUGUUGGAUCAUUUUUCUAAGUGUUGACUGUUACUCAGUGCUGGGGUUUGUAUCUGAAGACUCAAUAAAAGGUUUAAA